AUGACGUUGGAAGUACACUUUGAGAAUAAUGGUGCCAUUCUGUUGAAUAUGGCUGUGGAAGACUCUAUCGUCCUCAAUGACACUAGAAUAACAGGGUUCUUCUUUAUGGGAUUCUCAGAUGUUCCUGAGCUACAGACUGUAUGUGGGCUGUUCUUCCUGGUAAUGUACCUAGCAGUCAUAAUGAAUAACCUCCUCCUCAUCACCCUCAUCACCCUGGACUUGAAACUCCAAACACCCAUGUACUUUUUCCUGAAGAAUUUGUCCCUGUUGGAUCUCUUCUUUAUUUCUGUUCCAAUCCCAAAUUUCUUUAUCAAUAGCAUAACUCACAAUAAUUCAAUUUCUAUUCUUGGUUGUGCCCUCCAAGUAUUUUUAAUGGCUUCGUUUGCAUCUGGGGAAGUAUUUGUCCUAACAGCAAUGUCAUAUGAUCGAUAUAUUGCAAUCUGCUCUCCCCUUCACUAUGAGGUCAUCAUGAGCAGUGGUAACUGUGUGCUGAUGGUGGGUGUUUCCUGGGCUAUUGGGGUACUCUUAGGAGCUUUUUACACAGCUGGCAUAUUUUCCAAGCCUUUCUGUGGCUCCAUAGUGAUCCCACAGUUUUUCUGUGAUAUUCCCUCAUUGUUAAGGAUUUCCUGCUCUCACAGACUUGUGGUAAUUUAUGCAAGUUUUGGUAUUGGUCUUUGUCUGGGCAUGGUUUGUGUCAUCUGUAUUGUGCUCUCUUACUUUCACAUUUUCUCUACUGUGCUGAAGAUUCCUACCAAUAAAGGUCAGUCCAAAGCAUUUGCCACCUGCCUCCCUCACCUCACUGUUUUCAGUAUUUUCCUUGCUACUGCUUGCUUUGUCUAUCUGAAGUCACCCUCAAAUACAGCAUCAAUUACAGAUAGACUAUUUUCUGUGCUAUAUACUGUGUUGCCUCCUGCACUUAAUCCUGUGAUUUACAGCCUGAGAAAUACUGAUGUCAAGUGUGCUUUGAGGAAUUUGCAACAAAAUCUCUGUUCAAGGGGUUCACUUCACUUAACAGUUCAAAGCAUCGGUCCAUGA